AGCCUAGCGAUAGCAUAGCCAGGCAAAAAUAUUCGUUUUAGAUUGGUCAGGUCAGCCCACAACAACAACAAUCGUAAGGCUUGAUUUCGACAGCCAUGUAUGUAGAGCCACUGACCUCUAGAGGUCAGUGUGUAAGGCCCAUACCACUAAUCUGUACAGAACAGAUCAGUCGAGACCGAGGCCGAGGGGCGAAAUCUAACAUUUAACAAGGCGAAAGAAUUUGACUGAUUUUGCUGGAAUCCGGGGAGGGUUGACAAAGUACCCUACAUUCUGUCUACGAGUGGUGCUGAUCUGAGCUGAUCAGGGUAGACCCUAUUUAUAAUUCCAAGCAAAGCCAAAGCCAAGGCUCGCUCCGUCGAGUGAUCAGCUCUUUAUCUCCGUCCAAAAGUGAUGGCGCAUCGUGUAUUUGUGUACGGAACUCUCAAGCAAGGGCAGCCCAAUCACCACGUCAUAACAGGGUGUAAGGAAGGAAAAUACACACUUCUUGGGCAAGGAAGGACAGUUUCAAAAUGGCCGCUGGUCAUUGCUUCACCUUUCAACAUUCCAUUCCUGUUAGACAUUGAAGGGGAAGGUCAUAAUAUUGUUGGAGAAGUUUACGAGGUCAACGACGCCCUGUUUGCCGACCUGGACGUCCUGGAGGGUUACCCCGGCUACUACGACAGGAGACCAAUCAGCAUCAAGCUGGAGAAGAAGACGGAAGGCGUCGAGUGUGCCGAUGUCUUGGAUUGCUGGCUCUACAUAAUUAACACUUACAAGCCUUUCAUGAGGGACUUGGAGAAAUACGAGAACUACGACAGCUUUGGUAGUCAUGGCAAGCCGUAUCUGAGCAGGUGUGAGAGGGAUGAGGGAUGGGCUCAACAAAUUGAUUGUCUGAUGAAGGUCCAUGCUAAAUAGCAUUGUAAACCAUGUUUCCUAAAAAUGUGCAUAUUCUCAAACUUUGCCUAGUGAAUUAGGACUCGUGGCUGUCCUUGCCAUGGUCUUUCUUUACAAUAGUUGGCUCGUGGAGAUGUCUGUAAUCAUACUACUUUAACAAAAUAUAUAUUAUUGUUAUAUUAAUAUUGAAGGGUAAUUAAUGAAUUGUUGAAUUGUACCAACAUCGUAACCAGCUGAAGCAAACGUUCAUAAUUUUGCUUCUCUUGCAUAGCAGUAGACAAGCAUUUCAUCAAUAGUUUACUCUCUUGAACCAGGUGUAGUUAAUGCUCGCCCCCCCCCCCCUCCCACUCAGUGUUAUUUAGGGUACGCGUAUGCAUGUUCCCUCCCUUUGAAAGCACCCCCUAAGUUGGGUGUAUAAAGUCAAUACGCACCAAUUUUGUGUGUAUUACGA